AUGUAUCUGUCGGAUCUCGCUUAUAUUGAUGCCGCAUACGAUGACACGGUGGAAACCAACGCUGUGGAGUCAGCAGGGACAAUUAAAGAGGAGCGUCAAAGUUUGGUACAUAUCAACUGGGAGAAGAAGCGCAAGGAAUACUGUGCCUUGAAGCCUAUAGUAGACAGUCAGCAGCACGCACUGGUGCUGGCGACCAAUGUGAACUUUGACUGUGAAUUCUACGCCCAGUUCGAGUCCAUCAAACUGCUCAACAUAGACGAAUGCUAUGCACUCUCGCUCAAGGUAAGGGGUACACUCUUGUCUAUACAGACGCAUCAAGUAACCCUCCUAUACAGACACAUCAAGUAACC